GCACGACGGUUCGUCGUCAUCCGGGGUCGCCGUGCAAUAAAAGUUUCCUCCCCCUGUUCGGACGCCGUGGAUUUUAACGCGAUGCUGUCCGGGGCAGGCAGGGUACCGAACCUCCGGCGCUGAAAUUCGCCAAGCAGACCGUCGUUUCUCAGGCCAGAGUUGACGUGGUCUCUACGCCAUGUUUACACGGAGGCUUAAAAAUGUUUGCGGUUGACAAUGGCGGAUUAAGGAGCCGAGGGAUCCCUCUCUCCAUCACAGCCGUCCCCGCUCUCAGCAACAGGCAUCUGCCGCCGUCGGAAUCCGCGUCAUGCCCGCCGCCGUCCGCUGGGAACGCUUAACGGGACCCGGAGGAUGGAAGUGAGCGGCCGGGAGGCGAAUUGAGGACCCGCCGGCGAGGCUGAAAACAGCCACCCCGCACAAUUUUCAUCGCUUCUAUUUUUUUCCAUUACGUGAUUAUCCCGGUUUAUACUGCGGGAGGGGGAGGAGGGGGGGCAUUCAUUCACCGGUUGACUUUAUUCCUUGGGAAACCUAUGAGUCUGGCACGCGCGCCAGCGAAACCUGGCAUCCUUCGGCUGACGGGCUAAAAAAGAGAGCGAGAGAGCGCGAGAGAGAGAUGGGGACUCAGGUCACCGGGAGAAAACGAAUUCCCAACCGGGAAAAGCUGACCGCCGAGGACGAUGCCCUCAACCAGAUCGCACGCGAGGCGGAGGCGAGGCUGGCGGCCAAGCGAGCAGCUCGUGCAGAGGCGCGGGAGAUUCGUAUGAAGGAGCUGGAGAGACAGCAGAAGGAGCUUUACCAAACCCAGAAGAAAUACUAUGGUGUGGACAGCAAGUGGGGACAUAUUGAACAGUGGAUGGAAGAGAGCGAGAGGUACUCGCGUCACUCGCGGAGACACACAUCGAUCUCAGACGAUGAGGAGCGAAUGUCGGUGGGGAGUCGAGGCAGCCUCAGGGGGACUUACUCCUCGGACCUGCAUUGCAGCACCAGCAGCUUGCCAUCUCUCAGACACCACACCUCCACUCAGAACGGACGGCCCUCCAUGCUCUAUACUGAAGCCUCUCGCAACCAGAGUCACAGGCUUCAAAUGUGUGGCUCUCUCCUCUCUGUGUGUGAGGAGGCUGCGUUCACCAGCAGCUGGCGUUUUAGUGGCUCCAGUUCCCGCGGUCCUUCAGACUACAGUGGUUUUCUGGGGUCCAGCUCGCGGGCUUCUUCCAGGGCCAGCUCAGCCCGCGCCAGCCCGGUGGUGGAGGAGAGGUCCGACAGAGAUUUCCUGGAUAAAGGCUCCAGGACUGCAUCAACGCUGUCGGCCGCCACACUGGCCUCGCUGGGCGGACCCUCCUCCCGCAGGGGGAGCUGUGACACCUCCUUCUCCGUGGAGACAGAGGCCUCCAUCAGAGAGAUAAAGGACUCCCUGGCAGAGUCAGAGGAGAAGUACCGCAAGGCCAUGGUGUCCAACGCCCAGCUCCACAACGAGAAGUCCAACCUGAUGUACCAGGUGGACACGCUGAAGGAGGCGCUCAUCGAGAUGGAGGAGCAGGUGUGGGAGGCACGGCGGGAAUACGGCGACAAGACAAAGGAGUAUGAGAGAGAGAGACAUGCCCACAGUGUGCUGCAGUUCCAGUUUAAAGAGAUGAGAGAGACGCUGAAACAGAGCGAGGAACUUCUAAACGAGGUCACCCAGCUGCGUCUCAAAAGGGACGGCUGUGCUCGCGAGAUCUCUGACCUGCAGGAAACGCUGGACUGGAAGGAGAAAAAGAUUGCGGCCUUAGAGAGGCAGAGGGAGUUCUCAGACAUUGUGCGGUGCGAGCGAGACCGACUCAGGGAUGAGGUGGUCCGUCUGAGAGAAGUGCUAAAGAAACACGGAAUAGUGUUGUCACCUGAUGUCACCACCAAUGGGGAGACGGGACAGGGGGAGAUUAAUGACUUCAGCGCGGAGUCUGCGACCCGAUUGGCCCAGGACCCAUCUCAUGCCGGCGGAGAGAGCAUGCUGGAGCUCCGGCUGAGGAAACUGGUUGAAGAGCGGGAGAGUUUCCAGGACCAAGUGAGGCGUCUGAAGUCUCAGUUGGAGCAGAGACAGAAAAACGGGUCAGAGGGUGUCAGUCUAGAUGAGGACGGUUUGGAGAACGGGAUGGACCCCCACAUCCUGGACCUGCAGAGGGACGCCAAUAGACAGAUUAGUGAUCUCAAGUUCAAACUUGUCAAAUCAGAACAGGAAGUCACCGCGCUGGAACAGAACAUUUUACGGCUAGAAGGUCAGGUGACGCGCUACAAGUCAGCGUCCGAGAAUGCAGAGAGAGUCGAGGACGAGCUCAAGGUGGAGAAACGCAAACUGCAGCGAGAGCUGAGGUCAGCCCUGGACAGGAUCGAUGAGCUGGAGGCGAGUAACAGCCACCUGUCCAAACGCCUGGAAAAAAUGAAAGCCAACCGCAAUGCCCUGCUGGCCCAACAGUGACUCUUACUUCCAGGGAAGGAUCAUUAAUCCGAUCCCAACCACAAGCACACACACACGCACGCACGCACGCACGCACGCACACACACACACACACACACACACACACACACACACACACAUAAACACACAAAAUCCACCACCCCCUGGAGGUCACCAUCUUCAGCCCCAACCUUCUUAAGACGUUGGGAAACACAAAACAAACAGCUAAAAAGCAGUAAAAGCUUAUUUUAGCGAAAAGCUCUCGACUACAACCACAUCCAUACUCACACAGUUAUCCGUGUCAUCCCAUACCUCCAUUGACCCCCAACAGUAAGUGACAGACAAUCAUGUGACUGGCAAAGGCAGCGAUGUCUGGAUGGAGAUUGUGGAUUAGCUGCAUCAGCAGCAGACCCGUCAAACAGUGUUUUGCAGAUGGUUCUGGACCUUUGUUUUAAACUGCAUUGAGUACAUGAUGGUGGGGAUUCGACCACAGUAGGAUAAUUCAUAUCUUCAACAGCUCAAGUGGUCUUGUUAUCAAUCAUGUCGAAGUAUGAAAAAUAUCCUUUAAAAAUUUAAAUUCUGUUUGUCUUGAUACAUGCUGAAAAAUCUGGGUGUAGAAAUCCCAGAAAAUUGAAUCUGGGAUUAAAUUCCAUUUGUUGGUGACAUCAAGUUGUCAUCAAAAUGUCAACUGGAAUGUCUGAAUGUAAUGUAGUUUUGCUCUCCCACGUGUCAGAUCCAGUGACGACUACACAUAUUGUGAUAAAAGUGAGUAUGACAUCACCAGUCAUUUUCAGAAGGGCCUUUUGCAACCUGGGGAUUGUGUUUUUGAACGCUGCCAUCUUUUAUUUUUGGAGCCAGAUUUUGCACAAUGGAGCUGAAGGGUGAACUGGGAUUCCCUGUAACGUGACCAACCUUGGGGAUCGUCCCGGGUCGUCCUCUAUGUGGAGUUUGCAUGUUCUCCCUGUGUCUGCAUGGGUUUCCUCCGGGUGCUCCUGUUUCCUCCCACAGCCCAAAGACAUGUAGGUCAGGUGAAUUGGCCGUACUAAAUUGUCCCUAGGUGUGGAUGUGUGUGUGUCUAUGUGUAGGCCCUGUGAUGGACUGGCGGCCUGUCCAGGGUGUCUGCCCGCAUGCCGCCCAAUGACUGCUGGGAUAGGCUCCAGCAUCCCCGCAACCCAGAGAGCAGGAUAAGUGGUUUGGAUAAUGGAUGGAUGGAUGUAAUGUGACCACAACUUCCAUCCACAUCUGACUGAAGAAGUGGUUCUGAAUAAACUUUUUACUUUU